AUGCCGUCGCUUCCUAGCAUCCAUGCGUUGUCCAGCGAUGAUGAUGGCGGAGACAAGCUGCUGCAGAAAGGAUUGACUCUGACUCCUAGACAAAAAGUUCAACGACUGGUGAGUCGCAGCGCCUCUUCCACUUGGGAGCCAGUGUCAGAUCUCACAGAUGACUCGAGCAGCCAUGGUGCUGACUUGAAAGAUGUGGGGGUUCGGAAGCGCAAACGAAGGAGUCGCAAGAAGGCCCCUGGUUGCUUGACUUUGCGCGAAAAACUUGUGAGCAAAAGCAGAUUCAGUCGCUUGUGGGAUUAUGCUCGUCAAGGGGCGGAAGCUCCACCUGCAGAUUUGAGAUAUCUUAGCCGCCCAGCGAGUCGUUUGACCGGUGAUUACUCCUGUGGCAGGAUUGUCUCCUUCCUUCAGACCAUAUAUGAGAGUGUUGCCGAGAACCUGCCAGAUGUAAGGGACGACCCGAGCAUUGAGGCCGCAUCAUUUCGAGCUGAAGACAGAGAAUGCGAUCCUCACAUCACCGUGAAGCUGAACAGGGGCACCAAGACCAGAAAGUUCAAGAAAGGGCUCAAGGUGCAUGUUGAACGCAAGCCGGAAACUUCCGGUUUGGAGCCCCGUUGGCUCCCCCCUGGAUGCAUGCAAGAUUACUACGAACAGUACAAGUGCAUGGAGGGGCAUCAAGCUGCUAGUUUCAGCACGUUCUGGAGAACUUGGAGGACUGAAUUUGAACACCUUCGGUUCAGACCCGUUUCAUCCCACGCCCAAUGCAGUGUGUGCUUACAUCACCGUGUGCUCCUGAGAGAACUUGCACCUUACCUGUACGCCAGGCAGCACCAAGCCAAGCUGUACCAUGCCCAUUUGAUGAUGCAGUAUCGCGACCGGCUUGUUUACUGGAGCUUGAGGGGCUCGUCAAGACUGCGGAGCCUGGGGCACAUUGCCAUUAUCCAGGAUGGAAUGGACCAAUGCAAGUUUGCAUUUCCCCGUGCACAGCUGUGUCGCGGAAAGGAUCUGGCCACUCUGAUUCGGCCAAAGCUGGGGAUAGUUGGAAUUAUCGCCCACGGUUUUGGCGUUGCUUUCACUGUUAGCAACCCCCAGCAUGCCAAAGACUCCUCGUGCAUGGCUGAAAUUUUCUGCCACAUGCUCACACGGCUGGAACGACAGGGUGUCAGGUUGAGCGACACGGUGAUCCACUUACUUGCCGAUAAUACCAGUCGCGAGACCAAAAACUCGACGACAUUGAGGCUUCUUUGCUGCCUAGUGCAGCAGCGCAUCUUAGCGGGAGCUUCGAUGCGGCACCUCAGGCAUUUUGCGCCACAUGUGAUCGGCCUUUUGAAGCUGAGCGUUCUGUUUGCCUUUUGGAUCAGCAUCGCCCGUGGAUUCUUAUUGGAAGAUAAGCGAGGAAGAGCGCCGGCCAAACGACGUGUUUGUGCAGCUCCUCAACUGCAAUUUCUUUUCGGUGGUGGAGGUCCCAUCCUUAGGACCAAGCAGUACAUGCAGGACAAGGAUUUCAACAGUUGUCUCCUCUUCUACCCUGCGGUGGUGGGGGACGUCAAGAUCCCGGACGGCCUUCCAGUAGGCAUUGCAGAGAACAACGAGCUGGCGCAGGAUUACAGAGACCAUUUGAAGAAGUAUGUGCCUGCUCUUCGUUCCUAUGGCCUCAAUGAUGCUGCGCAGUAUUAUGAAGAUUGGGUGGAAGGUGUGUUGGAAUUGGCGCCGCUUUUGGAUGUCUCAGCGUGUUCCUUCAGGCAAGUGGUUCGGAGCGUUGAACGUCCUGGAUUUGAUCGAGUCAAGACAUUUGAGCCCAAGGCCAACGCCUUGAAGCUCGGCCCAGGCAAGGACGAUCGCAAAAAUGCAGACAAAUACAUUGCCAAGGCCAAAAGGGCUUUGAGUUUAGAAGCCGCAGCUGAAGCAUGGUCGGCAGGGGUUCCAUGGAAUGAGGCACUUGAUUUGGCGACCCGGGCUGUCAACAAAGUAGACGAAAUUAUUGGGCCGAUGGCAAAGAAAAAGCCAAAAGCCAAAGCAAAGAGCUUAGGCUCAGACCUUUGUGCCCUGCGGGUUUUCUCCAGGGUGGUUGACAACAUGGCCAAAAGGAAGGUCCAGAAGGAAGUGAUUCCCCUGGGUAGCUUUGAAGCUUUCAUGGACAAGACCUUCGACACAGAGGCCAAGCUGGAGGAAUUUGCCCGAUACAUUGAUGAGUUAUUCCCACCGGACUCCUCGUGCUUGGCUCAGUUGUGCAGCUACCCCUUCUGCUCCGAGAAAAGUUAUGUGUCAGAGAUCGGCACCGGUCCCUGUUUCGCACGUCCCUACAUGCUGGGCUACCGCAAGGAUUUCGGGUACUCUGGUAUGUCUGAACCCGACCAGUUGAUCAACAUGGUGCAGUUGAUCAUCACCAAUGGGUUUCGAUCCAAUCCAGACCUCGGUGGCGUGGAAAAGUUGACCAUUUGUGACCCGGGUGCUUCGCAAAUGUUGGAUGCCCCGUAUGUGGCGAUGAAGCCGCUUCACCCAGACCGUCCUAGUCUCGGUGGUGAGCUUCCUCCGUUUUCCAUCGGUUUCGUCAAGGGAUGGAAACGUGCAAUGUCCUUGCUCACAAUUUGUGCUGGUGCCAAGAUUCUUGGGAUGACGGCUGGGGACCUGCCCGAGUAUCGGCAAGGACGGUGUACUGUACUGCGCCGGCCUUUGGGUCACUCCGUGGAGUGCUUGGCGAAAGCCGGGUAUGGGGGUGCCACGUCCCAAUUCGAAGAUUGGUCCAACAGCACUGCCGUCUGCAGGGCGUUCAACAUUGGAAAGUGGGAGGGGGCCGCGGUCUCUGCUCUUCAGUCCAGCAUUGAAAAGCCGGUGGUUGCAAUGCUGAAGGAUUUCGUCGCCAAGAGGGGCAUGAAGGGUUUUCUCUCGCACGAAGUGCUGGGGCGUGGGGUCUUCAGCACCGGCUGGACCAGUGGCAGUGGUCCGACGGAAUCCUGGACUGUAGUGAUGACCAACACUGAUGAUGGGGCUUUGGUGAAGCUGCUCCUGGAGCGGUAUUGUCGUGAUUGGGAUGGCCUUUCGGACCAAAUGAAGCGGAGCUUCACCUUCAAGGAGGUAUCGCUGCUCCACCAGCAUUGCGCUAUGUUUCUCCAUUUUCUCGGCAUCCUGGAAAGUACUUUGCCGCGUGCGCAGUUCCCUGCUGCGCGCGAGAGGUUGAUGAGCGUUUUCAUGCUUGGCGGAAUGGAUGCCGAACUGAAGCUCCAGUCAGAGAAAGCGGUCCCGCCAGGUGACUUGCGCGGUGUUGGUGCGUUCAGGAACUUGGUUGUCACCCAUGAAUCUUCGCAGGCACUAGAACAAGAAGAGAAAGCGCAAGAACUUGCCCAGAAGGUGGCCCGAGCCACGUUGGAUCAACUCAAGGGACAGCUUGAAAGUGAUUUGGUGCGAAUCCGGAGCCAGCUUCCCACCAAGGAGAGUCGAACUCGGGAGACUGCGCUCGAUGUGAAAUAUUUGAAGGAGAGGCAGUACGCAGAGUUCAGCAAGGCAGUUGUCGACAUGGCAUUGGAGCCGCGUCAGGCUGGCCUGCCAGAAGUCAUCUACUAUGGCAUUUUCAGAGAGGAUCCAGAGAGCAAACCUGGAGCACCUGCGAUUCACAAGAAGGUGCAGGGCGAAAUCGAAGCCAAAGUCUUUCAACAUUGGGAUGCCCUGUCGACCUCACCGGCGAAGACAAGGCCAAAGCCGCAGACCAACCGGUGUGUGGAAGGCUUGUCAUUGCUCAGCUCCACCGACCAGGGCCCUGUCUGGCCAGGGAGUUUGGAUUCCAAGUUCAAUGCAGAGUCAGCCGAAGGCAAGGAGCUGCUGGCGCUGAAGCAGGCUUUCCUUGCCGAAUUUCCUCCCUCUGAGGCAGCCCGUGGCCAAGGAAACCGGACCACGCCAGCUCAAGUGCGAGCCACUGGCCAACCAGACUUUUCAGUGGAGGGCGGGCAGGAACCUCUUGACGUGAGCCGCCUGGUUGAUCUCUUGGUCGAAGCAGCCCCUCCUCCCGCAGACAGGAUUGCUUGCGUCGUCGGACGAGGAGCCCGCCCCUCGGUGCUCAUUGACAAGCACUACCGCAUCUGGCUUGGAAAUCCGAAUGCGGAUGGUGAAUGCACUUACUCAGGAGAGUUAUUCGGUUUCAAUACUGGCAGCUUCGAAUUUAAAGUGGUGAGGCAGCACAACAAGCGUGAUGUAUCUGGAGUGGCGUGGAGGGUGGUGUCCGACAUGGACCUUAUCGUCGUGGACAAGGUUGCCACCCCCUUGUGCCGCUACCUCCACUCUUGUGCCGUGAAUCACGGCUUGGGUGAAGUGUCCAUCUUGGAACAUGUGGUUGAGCCCAAGCUCCAUGCAGCGGUUGAAGGGGAGCAGGAGCAGGUCCCAGUUGCAUACCGUUACAACAUUCACCCCGUGACCUCCCGGACCAACGUGUUCCGUGCCAACCCGUUGCAGCAAACUUCCGAGAUCAAGUUCAACAAUAUGGGAGCUUCCUGGGUCGGGAAGUGGGAGCAGCUCCCAGAGUCCAAGAUUGUGGAUGUGCUGUGGGAGGCUGCAGGAUUAGUUCAAACGGGGGGUGGACUGAUUGAACUUGGUGGCUUCGUACAGUUGCAAGGCAACAAGAUUGUGCCGGUCAAGCCGAAGAUGUACCUGACGGCCAUGGUGAAAGUCCCACCCGAAUCUUGGGUCCAGCUGCCGUGA